AGUGACAUGUCAUGAUCAUACAAUGAAUCGAGUUGAGCACAUGCAUGUGUUUUAUGCUUUGUGUGUAUGAGCUGAUAUAAUCCUAUUAUCAGUCUAUUUAUGGUAUAUCUAUUGUCUAUCCCUCAUCGACAUUGACGCGACGUCGCUUAGUUGAGCAGAUCCAUGCCUGUGUCCGUGCCUGUGGCUAUUCCUAUGGUGCUUUGAUCAUCAUCCAGGAGUCGAGAUCCAAUCCAUUUGAUACACCAGCUGCUUUGUUCAAAACCGGCCAUGGUUGCAGGUUACUCGGCAAAAUAGGCUUUAUUACUGUGUCGGUUCUUUGUACGAGAACUCAACAAAAGUCGAAUCUAAAUCUUAUCAGCUAUAAGCCUUUGUUAACUCAAAAAGAAGCUUUCAAGCUUGACCAUCUCCACCAAUUUUCAAGUCGCUCAAGUCGCACAUCGCAUCAUCAUAUCUGCCUCGAAUCUCAUACUCAAUCUCUAAUUCUCCGAUAUUCAUCGCCCAACUCCAUCUUCGUCGCCGCCUCCAGGUUUGACCAACCUUUGAAUAUACUCUCCCGCCUCGGGAGUCCACAUUAUCUCACCCACUCUCAUCUUUGGACACUUCCAAAUCAUGAUCGCCGCCUUUGGUCAAAGUACGGACAAAGUGGUCCGCGUGUCGACGGCUUCACAUCAUUUGAACAUCACAACGCCUGCUUUUUACCUGCAGCAACCCACGACACGCACAACCAUGCCGUCUCGUAGUGGGAAACGUCCUCAUUGCGAUAGCAUCGACAGCGACUCGCCUGCGCCGAGCAAGAAGUACAAGCAAGCGACCUCUUUCACUUCCGAUACUUCUUCAACAUCGGCAACGUCGACUGCUAGCUCUAUCGACUUGGAUUAUCCUUCAAUACAAACACCACUCAGCAUUGACACUCUCAUGCCGGCCUUCAAGAACGUACAAUACGACCGUCCAACCUACCGAUCAGUAUCACCACAGCCACCAUCACCCAGAUCGCAUUGAAGCUCACCUCAUUAAAGGUGUUUAUGAAAGACACGGCCUCACAUUUUGUUUUGAUAACACAUUGGAUACCACUUUGCAUCCCUCGGCAUAAGCUGAGGGCACUCUUUUCGACAUCAAGACCAAGAAUGAUUCCCUUUUUGUCAUGCUACGCGGAACACGAAAAACACCGAGCCUGGACCUCGGUUACCAGUACUCGACUUGUCCAAUUCUCGGCGUUAUACACAUAGAGCGGAGGAUUUAAAGAGUCACGGUAGACUCUGGUACAUAUUACAUAGUUAGACGAUUGGAAUAAUGGUUUGGGGACAUGUUGGGCUCGGAAGUCUAGUAACAAUGGCAGAUGUUUGUAAGUAGUUCAUAAAUACGCAGUAGUCCCCCCAUUGUUGGUACAGGCAAACGCCAGAUCCCUCUCGUAAUCGUCAUAAAUCAUUUCAGCGCAUCUUUGUCGUUCAAUUCAUCUCCCACCACAUGACAUCCUCUUCCUGGCAGUGCAUGCCGAUCUCGAAAUUCCGCUCCAUUGUGGUCAUGGAAUUUUCCAUGACCAGAAGCUCUACACGCGCCAUGGCUGCUCCAUCGCCUGUCUGUUUGGCCGCCAUGUACUCGGCCAUGAGCUCGGCGUGCCGGCUCUCGUAAUCCUGACGGACACGGCGCCUCCGGGCCGCCGGAUCGCACGCUGCGCACGUGUCGUUGAGAUGUUGAAUUUUGACAUUGGGAGUGCAUGGACGACAGUUUGUGGCCAUGCCACAUGUUGUGGCAUAGUUUGUGAAUGUGUGGCCGCAAACCAUUGUGGUAUUGAUACUUGUGCACAUGUCGAUUGCAAUUGAGUUUAGGAAAUGCUCGAGAGGAGGAAAUCGCUGAUAAUUCGGCGCAAUUGCAUAUAAGCUGUGAGUCAAAGAUGGCGGUCAAGAAGUAUUACAGAUGAAUGUGAUUUUUGAGCGUCGUGGACUUGGAGAAGAGAAAACCUUCACGUUGGGGCAUUUAUUUACAAAUCUG